CCCCAUCCCACAGUACCCACAAGGCUUCACCGCUGCCUAUUCUCCACGUCCGGCCCCCGACGCUCCCGGCGACCCAUAUUUAAAGCCACGCCGGGUCGACCCAGUCGGAGAGCACCUUGAGCUAACACAGCUGAGCACACCAUAGAAUUGGAUUAGCCUCCCCUGUGGCGAUCGAUCAAAGGAGCCAACAUAGAUCAGAACCUGAAACACACACCCACACAAGAAGAGAUGGUUAUGGGAGAGGCGAUGGAUAGCGACAUGAGCUUGUCGAACAUGGUGUUGAGCUUCCUGGAGGAGGGAGAGACGGAGAGAUGGCCGGAGAACGACGACGGAGACGAGGAGGAGGGAUCCUGCGGCGGCGAUACCGCCGAGAGCAAGGCCUUCUGGCAGGCCCAGCACUCCCAGCUCCAUGAGGCUUUGGCCAAGAGCAGCACCGUGGAGAGCAGGAUACGAGCGGACACAGAGGAAGCCCUGGAGAAGAUGCGCGCCGCGGGCGGCGUCUGCUCCUGCGCGAGACGGGCCGCGGCCGGGGACUGCCGGAGCUGCCUGCUACGGCACGUCGCCGAGCAGCUGCGCGGCGCCGGGUACAACAGCGCUAUCUGCAAGUCCAAGUGGGCACGGUCGCUGGACAUCCCUUCAGGCGAGCACAGCUACGUGGACGUGGUGGUGCAGACGCGGAACGGCAAGGCGGUGCGGGUGGUGGUGGAGCCGAGCUUCCGGGCCGAGUUCGAGGUGGCGCGGGCCGGGGCCGGGUACCGGGCCCUGGUGGCCGCGCUGCCGGAGGCCUUCGUGGGCCGGGCCGAGAGGCUGCGCGGGGUGGUCAAGGCCAUGUGCGCCGCCGCCAAGCAGUGCAUGAAGGAGAACAACAUGCACCUGGGCCCCUGGAGGAAGCACAAGUACAUGCAGUCCAAGUGGCUCGGCACGGCCACCCAGCGGGAAGAGGCCGCGGCGGCCGUGGAGUACGCGGUGGCGGUCGGCGCCUCGCCGGAGAAGCAGCCCAAGUUCAGGGCGUCCAUGCUCAGCUUCGACUUCGGCCGGGCCCCCGUGGUGGUUGUGUGAGCAAUGCAUGGCGCAUGGCAACAAAUUUGAAAAUGUAAUGUAUGAUGCUUGUAGAUUAGGAAAUUGCAAGUUAAUUCAUGGACUGUUCUUGAAGGAGAGAGAUCAACUGCAUGUGGGGUGAUUAAAAUUAAAGAAGAAGUAUGUAUAUAUUCCAUCUCUGAAUUUCUAUAGCAACUGGUUUGACAGUUGCCACCCAUCAUUUGGUCUAGAAUUCUGAAAUACAAUUUAGAUUUAUAACU